AUGGCCUCAUCCACCUCUUGCGCAUCGAAGGCAACACAAAUCUCAUCUACCAACGCCGCCAGGAUCGUACGCUGUCCCACGGAAACUAUUGAGCGGCUGCGACACCUGAACGAAGCAGAAAUCAUCACACUCUUCACCCCAUUUGUACCUCAUUCCCCAUCGACAACACUGGCGAAGGACGUAGAUCCUUUCGAGCCUCUGGGCCGAGCCCUGCCACGACAAGUACGACACGUUCCAUACCGCUUCGACUACGGCAUGACAGAAAUGCAUGUCGACUUUCUGCCAGCCAGUGGAGCAGUAGUAAUUGUCAUCUGCGCCACUACCAACGUGAUCAACCACCAUGCACAGGCCUUUGAACGGCAACUGAAAUUCGCACGAGACACGUCGAAGAAGAUAGUACACAACAAUACUAUAGCCAGUAUUCCAACUAUCUUGCUUCUCGUUGAUGAUGACGCUACUGCCCAAGGAUAUGUUAAUGCGGUGGAUAGCUUCCCCGCUGUCGUUACGGUCAGCGAUUAUACUACUGCGGCGCUCAUGAAUGUGGUACGCGUUUUGUUUGGCAACUGA